CUCGCCCAACUCACCAUGUCCGGAACCUCGCAAGACCUGCAGUGGCUGCUCGUGCGCACCAACACGGCCUUCCUCGUGAAGCAGCAGGGCCUGCCGCGCAUCUUCACGCGCGAGCCGAGCAACCUGCGCCAGAUCCACUCCUACACCUACUCCGGCCUUGUCAACGACAAGCGCGUCGGCGUCGAGGCUGCUCACGGCGGCCGUGGUGUGGUUAUCACCACGCGCAAGAGCAAGGCGGCCUCCAACGCCAUCAAGGGCUCCAGCAGCACGACGACGAUCAAGAAGGGUGGCUCGCGCCGCACUGCCGGUGCCGUCGCCUCGGUGAUUGGCAAGCGCGGCUACCGCUCUGACCUGCUCAAGGACGCCGUCGCUCGCUCGUCUGCCAUCCUCAAGACGCAGCGCCCCAAGGGCCGCAAGGAGCCGCCGGCGCGCAAGGUGCGCGGCACCGGCGCGCGCAAGGCCCUCUUCAAGAGCCAGGCCGCCGCCGAGCAGGAGACGUCCGCCUAAAAUGCGUCGCCCUCCGAUGCAGCUCGCGCUCUGAUGACAUGUGCAGUCGCACUGCCAAUGCACUUGUCUUGUAUAGCCGAUGCCCGGGCGUGAGGCGAGUCACAGAGAUGCGAGAUGCGCUGCAAAGUGUCUAUUCAGGG